UGCAACUGUUGGUACUUCCAGUAUAUUGACUAUCGAAGUACGUGAGGUGAUCGAUCAGCAAAGGAACUCUGGAGAGUUUCUGUAACCUCCCGAACAAAUAACACACAUUUAAACAAACCAAUGGAAAACAACGAAACAGACGGAACGGGUGUUAAAUAUUAUCGAUUGUCAGAGGUGGAGGAACGGAACUCUUUUAAAAGCACAUGGAUUAUCAUUCACAAUAAAGUGUACGACGUCACGAAGUUUCUCGAGGAGCACCCGGGUGGAGAGGAGGUGCUGCGAGAGCAGGUGGGUGGAGAUGCCACAGAGAGCUUUGAAGAUGUCGGCCACUCGACAGAUGCACGCGAGAUGGCCAGUUCGAUGGUCAUAGGAGAGCUGCAUCCUGUAAGUCUGCCAGAACGCAGUAUUAUUGUUGAGCAAUCGUGUGAAGAAGGCCUUUUGUUGCAGCAUUAAGACAUCAGAUAGUGU